AUGCAUUUUAGUUACGGUGGUGGAAUGAACUAUGGAUUACCUGUACCUUAUACUACUCAAAUAACGCCUUCACUUUCAAAUGGCACACAGAUUCAUAUUAGUGGCACACCCACUGGCAGCAGAUUCGAAAUUAAUUUGAAAAGUUAUCAAAAUGAUAUUGUAUUACAUGUUAAUCCUCGUCUCGAUGAUGGUGCAAUUAUUCUUAAUAAUGCUCCACAAGGCAAUUGGGGAUCAGAAGAGCGUCAUGCACUACCAUUCCAUCGUGGUGCACGAUUCACAAUGGUCAUUUUAGCAACAGAUCGUAGUUUCAAAAUUGCUGUGAACAAUGGUCAUGUUUGUGAAUUCUAUCAUCGCUCACCAAUGCAUUUGGCUCAACAAGUUGAAAUCAAAGGUGAUGUUACCUUAGAAUCUGUUCAGGUCUAUCCAGGAACAGGUCCCAUGGGUUUUCCUCCUAUGGGUGGUGAUAUGGCUUUUGCCCCACCAUCAUUUCCAUCAGCUUUUGGUGGAAAUCCUGGCUUUUGUCCACCACCACCAUCAUCUCAACCAGCUUUUGGAGGAGGCAUGGGCUAUUGUCCACCACCACCAACAUCUCAAUCAACUUUUGGUGGUUUCACUCCUGGCUUUGGAUCUCCAUCAGCUCCUCCAUCAAUGCCGAAUGCUGGAGUACCAUCCAUACAGUCAUGCAGAAUCAAUACUGGUUCUCGUAUUUUUGUACAAGGUUUUAUUCCUGUUGGUGCUAAUCGAUUUGAACUCAAUUUAUUACAAGGCUAUUCAGAUGGUGAUGAUAUAGCAUUUCAUUUUAAUCCUCGUUUUGAUACACGUACAAUUGUCAAAAAUCAUCGACGAAAUGGUCAAUGGGGUCAAGAAGAAAAUCAACCAUUUCCACACCAUAUGCCCUUAGCACCAGGUGCACCAAUUCAUUUACAAAUUUCAUGUCAAAUGGAUAAAUAUACGAUAUUUAUGAAUAAUCAUCUUAUUGCUGAAUUUUAUCAUAAAAUACCACCUGGCAGUGUCAUGGCACUUCAAUAUAAAGGCGAUAUCACAAUUACGAGUGUUGGACAAAUGUAA